AUGUCUGAUAUCGAAGUUGAAGUUGAAACCGAACAACAAGUUGUUGCUGAAUCAUCAGUUUCAAUUGAAGAUGCUUUGAAGGUUGUUUUGAGAAACUCCUUGGUCCACGAUGGUCUUGCUAGAGGUUUGCGUGAAGCUUCAAGAGCUUUGUCCAAGCGUGAAGCUCAACUCUGUGUCCUUUGUGAUUCAGUUACCGAGGAAGCUAUCAUUAAGUUGAUCGAAGCUCUCUGUAACGAACCAGAAGAGAAGAUUCCACUUAUCAAGGUUUCUGACGCCAAGCUUCUCGGUGAAUGGGCUGGUUUGUGCAAAUUGGACCAAGAUGGAAACGCCAGAAAGGUUGUCGGCGCUUCAUGUGUUGUCAUCAAGAACUGGGGACAAGACUCUGACGAAAGAAACAUUUUGUUGGAAAGUUUCUCUCAAUAG